AUGUCAUCCCCACAACCGCCCAAUCACGUUGACAAUUCACCACAUACAACGGACCCUCCACAACCGGAGCCCCUGACAGUGUUUAUAGCCCUACGCAAGGAUCUACAAAAGGAUCUUGGAUGGCCGACUGGGAGUAUAGUGACGCAGGCUUGCCAUGCAAGUACGGCGGUAAUAUGGAGAUGGCGAGAAGACCCGGACGUAGUAGAAUACUUGGGUGAUCUCGAGCGAAUGCAUAAAGUAACUUAUGAGGUACUGCGUUACACGUUUAUUGUUGCCAGAAGCCAUGAACUAAAUGAAGUGAAUGCAAAGCUCAAAAAUGCCAACCAUCUCGAGAAAGUUUGCUCCUUGUUUGAUGCCCAUGGAAUCGUACACCACAAGUAA